AUGUUAUUCACACGGUCAAGGCGAAGGGGCCCGGUGGUCAGAAAGUGGGGGUCUGAUGAGGUCAAGGCUGUUCUUCCUUUUAUUACCAAGCUGAGGCAAAAGAACACCCCUUGGAAAGAUAUUCAACGGAAAUGGCUCAAGAAGUUCGGCAUUCCAAGAACGGUGAAUGCGCUGCGCGGGCAAUGGUAUCGCGCUCAAUGGGGCUGGGUCCCGCAGGUUGGGAGCGAGAAAACGCCGCCGGCAGACGUCGAGACAACGGCAGAAACAGAGUCCUCGGAUGAACUCCCACAAGCAACGUCCUGCAGCCCGCAGCAGCCCUCGCGAGCGCGACGGAAAUCUGUGUGGAGUGUCCCCUCGAGCCCUGAGCCGUCCCCCGCACCCGAUUCGGAGGACGCCCAAGCACCUCUCGCCGGCGUGUCAACAUCACAGACCCUUCCGUCAACCACGGUCGAGCAGAAGGCAGCGCGGAAGUCCCUGAGCAAGAACCAGGAAAAUGCUCUGAAGAUGUCACUCGCGUUCAGUAAGUAUUGGCUUCACGCCCGUACCACCUGUGCGGGCAUCACACUGACUCAGUGCCCAGUAUGUACUCAAAUAUGCCAACAAAGACGGGAGAAAAAUAGACGGGAGAAAGAUCGCAGCCACUCGGCCGUACUGCCGUAUCGUUUGAAUCGCCUCUCCGGGAAAGGGUUAGGGCCACGGCGUCGUCCAUAA